UUUCCGCUCAGGUUAGUGGGGAUUACCUUGUGAUUUACUCCUGAUCGCGGCUCGUGUUGAUGUGAUGCUCAUGGAUGAUUCAUGUGGGGAGACGCGCCGCUGGGCAUCCGCACAAUCAGCCAGUCUCUCUCUGUUUGUUUUAGAUCUAUCUCUGACCAUUUAUGAUUAUGAAUUACAAAUAAACAUGCAUGUUUAGAUUUGUUAUGCAAUUCUUCCCCUGAUAAACAGGAGUUUUGGCGAAAUGGCAUCACAACCCAUCUCAUUAGCGCGAGUCGUGACGCGCAGGCUGCAGGUGACGCUGCGCAGCAGGGGAAGCCCUUCUGCCGACCAGGGCGCGCCAUUUUUCAAACAUAUGAACGUUCAGUGUCAGAUUCUGGUAAUAACCCGAGCCUGGCGCGAUGGUGGAAGGUGCUCACCUAAUCUGAUCCGUUCCUUAUUUCAAUCUUGGUUCUGAGGUAUGGUCGGAUCAUGGUCGGAAAAAAGACCGAGAUCCUGGAUAGAGAUGGUGAGCUUCCUGCCACCUCCAUCUUAUUGAUUUUACAAUAGAGGAAGAAAAUAGGUGGUUGAAGGAACGGGUGGGUAUUAUUGAGUGGUGAAUUUAAUUCAAACUGUGAAUUUAAUGCAUUCAUGUCCCACUCAUCCAAACAAUAGCAUGCCAUUAGAGGAAAAUCAGGUUGCCGUGUGUUGUUCGAAAUGAACUGGAUAAGGAUUCGUGACUUUUGGUUUAAUGCAGUGAAAUUCUCAAUUUACCGGUCUGAUAAUGUUCUAGGCUUCACUUAUUAUCUUGAGAUGUGGACCUGGACUGAAAGAACCAGAUCCCAAAGGUAAAAGCGACUGAAAACAGUUUUCUCCAUUGGGUGGCCAGACUCACCCUCACCCAAGGGGCUUCAAGCAUUUGUGAAAAAUGGAAGGAAAAAGUUUCGGCUACUCUGGAGACUACCUGGACCGCUUCAUCCAAAGCCGAGACUCAGAAUCAGUGGUGAACACGUUCCAGAAGAAGUACUGGAAAACCAAGCAGACGCUGAUCAAAGUCUCCGGGAAGAAGGAGGAUGAGCACGUGGUGGCGUCAGACGCAGACCUGGAUGCCAAGCUGGAGGUCUUCCACUCCAUCCAGAGAACCUGCAUGGAGCUCCUGAAGGUCAUUGAGCUGUACCAGAGGAGGAUCUGUUUCCUUUCCCAGGAGGAGAACGAGUUGGGUCGUUUCCUGCGCUCCCAGGGGUCGCAGGAUAAAAGCAGGGCUGGAAAGAUCAUGCAGGCGACGGGGAAAGCUCUCUGCUUCUCCUCCCAGCAGAGGCUGGCUCUGAGGAAACCUCUGUGCCGUCUGUACCAGGAGAUCGAGACCUUCCGCUAUCGGGCCAUCUCAGACACAUGGCUGACAGUGAAUCGCAUGGAGCAGUCCCGCACUGAGUACCGCGGGGCCUUGCUCUGGAUGAAGGACGUUUCUCAGGAGCUGGAUCCGGACACGCAGAAACAGAUGGAGAAAUUCCGCAAGGUUCAGGCCCAGGUCCGCAUGACCAAAACCAGCUUUGACAAGUUAAAGAACGACGUCUGCCAGAAGGUGGACCUGCUGGGUGCCAGCCGCUGCAACCUCCUCUCACACGUCCUGACCACAUACCAGACGACCCUCUUGCACUUCUGGGGGAAGACGUCCCACACCAUGGCAGCCAUACACGAGAGCUUUAAGGGCUGUCAGCAUAACGAGGUUUCCACAGCGAAGGAUUCCACAGACAAGCUGGAUAAAAAGACGGAAAAGAAAACAGCGGAAGCAGAAACGGAGGAAAAAACGAGAGCUGAGGCAACGGAUGACCAACUUAUUUCAUUAGGACAUGAAGAGAAGAGCGAAAAUAAAAGGGAAGAGUUGGAUGGAGAGGAGGACAGCCUGGCACUUCUCAAUGAGAUCCUGGGCGGUUUGUUUGUGGACGAGGGCGAACUUUCCCAGGAGUGGACAAAAGGGCUUGGAGACACGGAAGGAAGCGCCGCCUCGGCCGGGUCAGCCGGACCUCAGCGGCAGCAGGGAAGCCCGUUCUUUAUGCCGUCACAGCUUCUGGACCAGAGCUUAAAUUGGACCAGCGCCGAGCCACAGCCUGUCACCUGUGCAGCCGAGUUCUCACCUGGAGCAGAUCAGAACCCCCCACAGCCAGCUGGAAAAGAAACGGCCGGGACGCCCAAAGACCUUUCAGCGUGGUUCAACCUGUUCGCCGACUUGGACCCCCUCUCCAAUCCAGAUGCCAUCGGAGAAGCCAACAGGGAACACGAGCUCCACACCGCAUAGUUCGUCCUCAGCGUCAGGAUCCAUGUGAAAAAAACAGAACCAAUCCUUUUGGCGAGAUCUGCGGACUGCUUCCGAUACGAAAAUAAAACGCUCAAAACGAGAUGAAAAGCUGGAUUUUCCAAAAGAGCUCCAAAAGAAACCAGAAGAAGUCACAAUACAUAGGUCAAUCGCAAAGGCUAGAAUACGACAAAACUUAAUGCACCAUCAUCACAGCUACAGCAUUUUCUAAAACAUCCGAUUGUCUUGAAGAAUAUUCUUCAUUAUUAUCCCUCCUUUGUCACAACUGUCCCCAACUAGCUGGAGCUGUAACAAUAAUUUUCUAUAAUCAAAAAGUUAAUUGGUUUCAUUAAUUUAACUCAAAAUAUGGAUUCACUACAGAGGUGUGUACAUUUCAAGCAUUUAUUUCUGCUAAUUCUGAUGUUUAUAUCUUACAGUGAAUGAAACCCCAAAAGUGCCACAAGGGCCCAAAAAGAUAAAGAAUAGUACUAAAAUGUUCUGGUCAAUUUAACACGAUCAUGUAGAAGACGGCUCACUUGACGGUAGUCUAGAACACAGUCCCAACCUCAACGCUGUAAUAUUAAUGGAAAGUUAAGUGGAAGGAAAAAGUGUGGUAGAAAAUAAAAGGCACAAAAACACCAGGGUUAACGGAGCUCCUGAGAGGAGCGGGAAGUUAAGUCCAUCCAAGAGUUUAGGCGAGAUUCACAAGUCAGUUUUGCAUUUAUCUGGAAGCUAAGUCAACCAGAGUCUGUGGAAAGAGCAGAGAGGCACAGAAUCUAGGUUGAUCGAGGUCCAGAGUUGGGUUUUCAGUGAUGAAUAGGGGAGCCAGCUACCUGGAACAUUUAGAGAACUUCAAGGUUACCUCAGGGUUUGUCGCCCACCCACACAGCCACAAUGAUUUAAUGGCCGUGCCAUGACUGCUCUUGAUUGACCUAAACCCCACUGAGAAUCUAUGUCAAGAGGAAGAUGAGCGCCACCAGAACCACCAAUGCAGACGAGUGAAGGUUGCUGUAACUAAGCUGGGCUUCCUGAACGCCCCAGCAGAGCCACAGGCUGACCUCCAUGCCACGCUGCACUGAUGCACCAGUUCAUGCAAAAGGAGCCCAGACUAAAGAGCAGCGAGUGCAUUCACUCUCUGGUAUGUGGAAAAAAUUUAGGUCAACAUAUC